AUGGACUCAUUCGGAACCAUCUUGUCCCUCUACGACCUUGAACGUCAGAUCUUCCAUCGAAUGAUAUUCGUGAUUGGGAUGGAACCAAAAGCGUCUACUAUGGUGAUUGGCUUUUGGUUAUCCCUUGAGUGGCUUGGCUAUAUCAACAUCAUACAAAUGGUUGCAACAGAUGAUGAUACAAAACUCACGCUUGUUGCUGCAGAGGCACAAGCUGCACUGGCAUACAUUGAAUCAGAAGAAAUGACAAAUCCUUCAACUACUCUACUUUCUCUCACUUCUGAUAUUUUGAACCGGGAUUUCACUCUCGACCAUUUUUACACCAAUAGACAAGUCUUCCGUGAAGGUAUCGAACGAGUCUUGGAAGGGGUUUGCAACCUUAUAUUAAGAGAUAUUUUGGACGAGAGGGGUGUUGAACCACUGAGUAGUGGACCGUUGGUUGGACCGAUCAACCCAUUCAAAGGAGAAACCAGCAGCCUCCCCCUGUUGGGUGGGCCUGCAGAAGUUGAUUUAACAGCUGGUUCAGAUAUUCCUUCACCCGUUGUUGUUAUUGCGUUGCCAGCCCAGACAAUCGGGUCGAACCUAAACCCCAUGGCUCGACCAUAUACUCCGGAGAUGGCAAGAGUGCCUUUGAAUGAGCGGACUCUAUUCGUUACAUUCUCACAUGGGGACCCACUGACUGAAGAAGAAAUCCGUGAUUUCUUCACAGGGAUCAAUGGUGAUUGCGUAGAGGAUGUUUUUGUUCAUCAACCAACCCGGGGAGGUCCGGCGCUAUUUGGGAAAGUGUAUUUUCGUUCGGCAGUGAUGAUAGAAUAUGUAAUGAAUGGGUUUGAAGUUGUUAAGAUAACUGCUGUUGGAAAACCUCUCUGGUGCCGGCGUUUUGACCCGAGAAACCAAAGCCGGUGGAGGAGGGCCGAAUAG